CUAGAUCCCUCAACCCUCCGCAGUCCAAGGGCUAGUCGGAGUGGAAACAGCGAGCGGUCAACCGGCGAAGCAGGAAAAUAGUUUGAAACUAGUGCAAAUGACAUGUCAUCAUGACGGAUGUCGAGACAGAGAUCCUCAGGGGACAGUUUGAACUGCUGCCAACCAAAAGAAAAAACUCUGUGAUUCUUUCAAAGACACAUUUCAUUUACAAUGGAGGCAGGGAUGACUGCUGUUGUGUUGGGCAGAAUCGUACUACGUCAAUAGUUACAACGAAAGUGGUUGACAUUUACGGCGCCAAGGCGUACCAAGGGCCUGAAGGCGAUACUGCUGCUUACUUUCAAGUUUAUUCUUGUCCUAGGUAUGAAAAGAAACGAGUAAGACAAAAAGUCUGUUUUAGGGUGUCUUCCUCUGACGAAGAGUGUAACAAAACGAAAGCGGAACGAUGGGUUCGAACUAUUUUAUGGUUAAUCAAAGAUCCGGAAAGGAAUUUGAGCAGCGAACAAGAAGAGAGAACUGUGCCGGCUGCCCGCAAACUGCUGAUACUUAUCAACCCAUUUAGUGGAUCUGGGAAAAGUUUGAGAAUCUUUCAUGAACGUGUGGAGCCAAUGUUGACUGAGGCAGAAUUAGAAUUUAAUGCCAUAACAACAGAAUAUGCUGGUCAUGCUGGAGAGAUGAUUUUGUCUAUGAACCUUCUUGAUGUUGAUGGGAUUGUUAUUUGUUCAGGAGAUGGCUUAGUGUAUGAGGUCAUAAAUGGUCUGAUGAAACGUCCUGAUUGGGAAGUUGCGAUCAAUAUUCCCCUGGGAGUCAUUCCAACUGGUUCUGGAAAUGCUCUUUGUCUUUCUGCACUAUUUGCUACAGGGGAGCCAAAUGAUGUGAUUAGUGCCAUUUUUGGCAUUAUACGUGGAAAUCUUAUGGAUUUAGACAUCUGUUCUUUGAUAACACCAACGGAGAAGUUGUAUGCAUUCCUCUCUGUGACUUGGGGAUUAGUGUCUGAUGUGGACAUUGAAUCAGAGCGAUACAGAUUUCUAGGAGAGACAAGAUUUCUUAUUGGCACAAUAGCAAGAAUUAUUGGACUGCGCAUGUACCGGGGGCGCCUUUCAUAUUUGCCUGCCAAUGAUAUAAGCAAUGGAGAAGAUAAUUUAGCAUACAACUCUACCCCAAGGGAAGAAGUUAGCAGUAGUGCAGCAAAAUGUAGUGCAACAUCCUUUUCUCAGCACCAGGAACACUUUCAGGGGAAUCUAAAUGGUGUGUUCAGCAAAGGCAAUAGUGCAAAUUUUUCAAGCCUGGGGCCAUUAGAUCAUCUUCUUCCCCCCCUCAGCUCAGAACUGCCUCCAAGCUGGAAAGUUGUGGAAGGAGAGUUUAUCCUUGGGUGCCCUGUGUUUUUGAGUCACUUAGGCACAGACCUGAUGGCAAACCCUGAUGGAAAGUUUGGUGAUGGACUGAUGGGUAUCUUUUAUGUAAGAUCAACUACUGGCCGAAUGGCCUUGAUGGAUCUGUUUGGCAAAAUGAAGGAUGGAUCACAUGUUCUCAGUCAUCAUGUGACAUACAUAAGAGCCUAUGCUUUCCGUUUAGAGCCAGACAUGAGUCAGACAGGAAACUUAGUAGUUGAUGGCGAGAAAAUUGACUAUGUUCCAAUCCAAGGACAAAUUCAUAAGUCUCUUGCAAAAUUGAUGUGUGUGACACCACCACCUAAAAGUUAGGGAUUUUUUUUUUAAUUACAUCAGAAAUUAUCAAAUAAUUAUAUUUAAGCAUUUUGAGCUCAAUUGUUGAGAUAUAUCCAUAUCACAGAUAAAUAAAACUCUGGGUAAAUUUUAGUUAGGAACCAAUUUUAUAAUUUAAGUGAAAUGGAAAUGGCAUCUGGUUAUUUGUUAAGUUUUUCAUAUUUAAGAACUUUUAAUUUUCAAAAAGGCUGCUCACAAAUAAGGUGGAAGUAAUCACUAUUAUGUUAGCAUUUUUGUUACCAAAUGAAUAUAUUUUUUGAAAAACAUUUAACUUACUAUUUGUAAUGAAGCAAUCAUAACCUGUUAUUAUAAAUUCCCUUGAAACAGAUGCACAUUAAAAAUGCAUUUCCUUAUGUUGA